UGUCGUCUCGAAUGCGCGCAUCCACACGCGUGCGGCCAAGAUGAAAUCGGGUGCGACUCGAUACGCAAGGCGGCAACUCGGGCUCGCCAGUGCUCUCGCCCGCCGGCAACGUCCUCGUCACCCUUCACAACUGCGGCGGGUGCCCGUACGGACUUUGCGGCGGCGUCAAAAUCAACAAGGUCGUCGCCACGAAGCUCGCCCCGAACGACGCGCUCGCAAAAACGAUGAGCAGCAAGCCCGCCUGCUACGGCACGCCACCGU